AUGGGCCUCUUCGGAAUGGCGGCGAGUUAUCUUGCUUUUUCUGUCCUGCACUUUUUCCAGUUCGUCUUGGCCGUCACCGUCUGUGGCCUCUAUGCCGUCGACCUCAACAACGCUAGAAGCCAUGGGGACUAUACCGACGGGAAAUGGGUUUUUGCGGUGGUAGUCGGCACCCUCUCCGCCGUCACGGCCCUCCUUUACUUCAUCCCUUUUGUUCUGCGCUUCGCCAUUGUUUGGGUUUGGGAUGCCAUUCUAUUCAUUCUGUGGAUUGCCGUCUUUGGUCUCUUUGGUAGUAUGUACAUCAAGGAGAAUGCGGAGGGCGACAGUGGGAUCCAGCGGAUGAAGAAUGCUGUCUGGGUUGAUUUGGCCAACGCUCUACUCUGGCUUAUUAGUGCUUUGGCCACAGCCGCUUACUGGUGGAGACAUCGCGAGCGCCGCACUCGCUUCACCGGCCGUGGAAAGGUCUAA